AUGGAAUUGGAAACAGAUCAAUUGAAUUUCAACGCUAUUACUUAUAGCAGCAAUGAUAAGCCAAUGGCUAUUUCCAAACAAUCCAUCUCAUUGGCCAAACAAGCAGAUGGAGGUUACAAUGUGCCCCCAAACAAGAUCUUGGUGAAGGUUCAUUCAGCAGCUUUGAAUCCAGUAGAUUUAGUAUUAUACAACUCUGCUUUUAAAGUGUUGUCUUAUUAUAAUAGUCAACAAGGAAUUGGUAGAGACUAUUCAGGAACUAUUGUAGCAAUUGGUGAAGUUGCGGCUAAAAAGACCGACUUUAGUAUCGGAGACAAGGUAUGUGGAAUGUAUGCACAUAUUCUUGGUAAGGGUACUAUUUCGGAAUAUGUCUUGCUAGACUGGACUUCAGAUUUGUCGGUCGUUCAAGUUCCUAAAAAUUUGUCUAUGAAUGAAGCAGCUGCAUGGCCAUUAGUGUUAGGUACGGCAUUGACAAUGACCCAGGGCAGAAUCGAAGUUGGCUCGAAUGCAAAGGUGUUAGUUUUGGGUGGAUCUACUGCUGUUGGUAGAUUUUGCAUUCAAUUAUGCAGAAAC